AUGAUCAAGGCAUCUGAACACACUGUAUACAACAUACUGUUAGUGAACUAUGAUGUGUGUGUGUGUCCCCUGUAGGAUGGUCUCAGCCCCCUGCUGCUGUCCGCCAGACACGCCCAUGCUGAGGUGUGUAGCAGCCUCCUGGACUGGGGAGCCGACGUCAACGCAUGUGAUAAGAACGGCAGGUAAGGAAGGACUCAUCUGUCAGAUCACACAUGCAUUCUACUUCAUAACUUCAUUUAAUCAUUACCGGGUUGUCUUCAAGCACAUUACAUUAUAAUACCUUAAUGGUGAUGUUGUGGAUGAUGGUGAUGAUGAUGAUAGUGAUAAUGAUGAAGAAGAUGUUAAUGAUGAGUAUUAUGAUGGUGAUGAUGAUGAUGAUGAUACUAUUUCUGACUGUGAUACAGGACAGCGGUGAUGCUGGCCAGUGAGAGCAGCAGUGUGUCUGUAGUGGAGGUUCUGGUCCAGAGAGGAGCUGCCCUUCAGGCUGUGGACUCUUUGGGUCACGACGUUCUGCACUACGCCAAGCUGUCUGGCAGCAGUGAGAUCAGGGCCGUUCUGACCGCUGAGUUGCACAAGGCCCACUCAGAGUCCGGUGAGAGAAGAACUGUCUUUAGCACUGAUCGCGCCUAGUAUGAGGCAAUUAACCAGAGACUCUAGCAGACUCCUUCCGGCUUAAUUUCCCUUCAAAUCCAUUUGAAGUGACUAGAAGUUAUGAAAUUCAAGCUUUCGGAUGCAUGUUAAUGGUUGUAACAUGAAGCAUUGUUCUGUUGUUCACUUUGUAAAGUUAUAGAAAGAGAGAUGUUUUGACUAGAAGAACUUCAGGCUUUUCUUUACUUUCCUGCAUAAUCUACCCAGAUACAUCAUUGAGGUCCUUGUGGUCAAGCUUUGAAAUGCAACUUUUCAGUUGACCUGUCAUGCAGAAUUUAUACAACACUGCCAUCUUCAGGCUGUGUCUUGAAUGUUGUUCUUCCCCUCUCUCCUCCCUAUACACAGACACCCCGAAGUCCCCAAAGUCCCCCAAAACUCCUCAGGUAAGUUAGUUCAGCUUGUGCAAUCUUUCUAUCUUCUUCCAAGCUUAACAACUGCAACCAGUUUUUCCUAAUCAUUGAACCUACACACAUUUAACUUGAUAUCAACAUGUAAUAAAUUACACUUAUUAGUCUAAUCAGAAGGAAUAGUACACAUUAGACAGUCAAACCAACCUCUUUCCACUGUAGUGUCGUCAUUGACAACCUUAUCUAAACUUGAAUGAGAUGAUAGCUUUGUUUCUUUUACAUAAUGACUCGUUUUGAAAUGCACCUCAAGCAGCAUGUAUGAGCACGAAUCUAACACGUUAGUUAACAGAUCAAUCUUCAGGGCCUUGCUACUCUUGGAUAAAGACCUUCUCUUUGAUCACAAACUCUCCAAAUGUUUGAUGAUUCUUCUCUUUCACUAACUAACCUAACUAAAAACUGCUGGAUCGUUCUUCUGUUUUUGUUCUUCUCUUUCUUCCCACUCCUUCACUCACACCUCAGCAUGAUCAACUGGCUAGGUUAGGUGGCGAUCGAAGCACAACUCCCAAAAAACGAAAAGCACCUCCACCUCCAAUUAGCCCUGUGCAGGUAAAGGCAUGUCUCUGUCUGUCAGUCUGUCUUUCGUCAUGUUGGUCGGUCUGCCUGUCUGUUGGUCUGCCUGUCUAUUUGGUCUGCCUGUCUGUUUUUGGUCUGUCCGUCUGUUUUUGGUCUGUCCGUCUGUUUUUGGUCUGUCCGUCUGUUUUUGGUCUGUCCGUCUGUUUUUGGUCUGUCUGUCUGUUUUUGGUCUGUCUGUCUGUUUUUGGUCUGUCCGUCUCCUGUCUGUCUGUUUAUCUUCCUUUUUGGUUCCCUUUUGAAUGGUCCUCAGCCCUGCUUGUGCCAGGUAUCUUAAACGUUAUAAUAUGUGUUUACCUUGUCAGUAUCUGUUUGAAUUCCUGUGUAAUUUUUUUUUUAGCCUCUUUGAAUUCAGUGCUGCAUUAGGGUUGUUUUUCUGUGUGUGAGUGUAUUUGUAUGUAUAGAGAACUUUUACUGAAGUAAUUAUUGUGUAUAUGGUGCAGGAGUAAACAAUAAGAAAUGUCAUUCAUGUUUCCAAACUUUCUAGAUAUCUAGUCCCAACUCUCCCGCGUACAUGACCCCAAAUGAAACUCCAGUCUCCAGUAAAAGUUGUGGAUUUAAAAUAUUUAAUUAUAAGGUACAUGCAUUUACACUCAAGAAUAUUUCUUAUAAGUCAUUAGGCCUCUCAUUUGGUUGUUUUCCAUCAUGUUUUAUUUUCUGUGUCACUACUGUUGUUUAUGUUGGUUUUGCUUACUGCGCUCUCUCUCUCUCUCUCUCUCUCUCUCUCUCUCUCUCUCUGCAUAACUUUCUCUCUCUCUCGCUCUCUCUGCAUAACUUUCUCUCUCUCUCUCGCUCUCUCUGCAUAACUUUCUCUCUCUCUCUCUCGCUCUCUCUGCAUAACUUUCUCUCUCUCGUCUCUCUCUCUCUGCUAGUCUCUUAUCUCUCUCUCUCUCCUCUCUCUCUCCUCUCCUCGCUCUCUCUCUCUGCUCUUCUUCUCUCUCUCUCUCUCUCUCUCUCUCUCUCUCUCUCUCUCUCUCUCUCUCUCUCAGGAAGAGGAGUUGCGGAGCGUGUCUCUAAAGGAGGAGUUGGAGAAGCUACAGGAGGAGAAGUGCAUGCUGCUGGAGACCAUUGAGAAUCUGAAGCAGAUUGUGGACCAGACUGUGACUAUAUGCCAGACUGAGACGGAGCCGGGGCCGGAGCCCAAGGCGAGUUACAGCUACAGCGCAGCCUUUAAUAUCAGCCUGCUUUGAUCCCAGUCCACUAGCGUUCUCUGUCCCGUUUCUCUCUCUCUCUCUCUCUCUCUCUCUCUCUCUCUCUCGCUCUCUCUCUCGCUCUCUCUCUCUCUCAUCCAUUUAUACAGCUGCUGUGCUGUGUUUUUGACGGCUGGGCUGUCAAAAACUCAGCACUGUUUUUUUCUGCAGCAGCUCAAAAACCCACACUGUAAUAUAGUCAGUUACAGUACAAGAGUUAACCACCUGCUGCACUACUUUACUUAACACAGUCUGAACUGUUGACUAAUAUUACUACAUGUACAUCAGAAAUUACUAAUGGAUGUGUGAUGUAAGUUUCAUGAGAUGUCCCAAAGACCUAACAUAAUAUUCCCUGGUGGUCCAAACCAUUGUAUGUUAACUAUAUAAUUGUGCUGAUACAGGCAGAGGACUGUGGGAAGGUAGACUCAGCUCUGGUAGUGGCCCUACACGCAAAGAUUACAGCUCUGUCUCUGGAGAACCAGCAGUUAGCCCAGAUACUCAAGGUAAGCCAGAUACUCAAUACAACUUGUCAUUCCAGGGACGUAGAUAUCCUAAUAUAGUGAAAUAUGGUGAUAUCCCAGUGUGGUGUUUGCUAUAAUUAGGCCCUCUACCUAAGAAAGAUCCACUUAAUAAGAUCCUAAAUAAUCAACUAAACCUUGUCUACUUAUCUUUCUCCAUCUCAUCACUCCUUCUAUCUACAUCUCUCUGUAGAAGCGUCCUUCUCCCCAGGGAGGUGAGGGUGGCCAGGAGGACUCGUCCCAUCCCAACAGUAUGAACUCUAACACCUCCUACCACACCAACCACAAGUCCCCCAGCGAGACCCUGCUCCAGCCCCAGGGGACAGAGGAGGAGGACAUGUCUAAGGCGUCUGCCCUGGAGCUCAGCAGCUCCUCCCUGAGACAAAAGGAGGAAGAGAGUUGGGAUGGGGGGAAGGAGGGAGGCGAGGAGGAGAUCCGACUGCUGAGGGAGUCCCUAGGAAGAGUCCAGUCCAAACUGCAGGAGACGCGGAAGGAGAACUUCACGCUCCAUGCCAGGCUCAAACCUGAGCAGGAGGAGGUGACGACGACGAGGGAGGGGGAGGUGCUGCUGGAAAGUCUAGCAGAGCUACAGGCCAAGUUGACGGAGACGCAGGAGAAACACCAGCAGGCCAGAGAGGAGGUACUGGCCCUCAGGGCACAUAUUGAAAGAGGAGGUGGUGGAGGAAGUGAAACGACAGGGCAGGAGCUCCAGAGACUGAGAAGCUCUCUGGAACAGGAAGUGAAAGAGCUGAGGUCCCAGCUGGCCCAGUCAGGGCAGCAGAGGGAGAGAGAUGUAGGCCGGAUCAGGGAGCAGGAGGCCAGGCUGAAGGCAGUAGAUGACAGUGGUGAUCGGGAGAAGUGCCUGCUGGUGGACCGGUACAAGGAGGCGCAGGAGGAGAUCAGGAUGCUGCAGGAGGCACUGAGGGGGACGGUCCCCGUAGAGGCUGCAGCUAAAGACUUUGAGGAGAUGAAAGGCGAGCUGGGGAGCGUGAUCGAUGGGCUGCAGCGCCGCCUGUUGGAACUAUCCAAGUCCUACAGCGAGGCCAAUAGUGAACUGAGCUCCACCAGGAACCAGCUAGAGGAGACCCGGGCUGUCAAGUCUAAGCCUGGCAGCCCUGUAGCCUCCCCAGACAAGGAGCAGGACACGCUGAGGAGCAGAGUAGAGGAGCUGCAGGCAUUGCUAGCCGACACACAGAGCAAGUACUCAGCCUCUCUGGAGGAGAUCGCCCUCCUGAAGCAGGAGGCUGAGGCUGAGGCUCAGGAGUCAGUGGCGUUAUCUGACCACACCCAGGUGGUGUCCUCUCUGGGCAGCGCCAUCAAGGACCUGGAGGGCCAGGCAGACGCUCUGAGACAACAGCUGUCCCAGAGGACCCUGCAGGUGGACGCCCUACAGAACAGACUUACCAUGGAGAAGGAACACACACCGGAAGACUCAAUAUCACAGCUGGAACACGAGCAGAUGAGCGAGGGCCUGGAGAAGGAGAUGGGGAACCUGACACAGCUCCUCCAGGGGGCCCUGAGGAAGCAGGAUGAGAUGGCUCUGGAGGCGGCUGCAGCGUGGCAGGAGCUGAAGGAGGGGAGGAGUGAAAGGGAGGCCCUGCAGGAGCUAGCCAUCAGCAGGGAGAAGGAGAACCACACUCUGAGCACCAAGCUCAGAGAGGCCAAAGAUGCAAUCGCUCAGCUGAAGAAGCUGGUGGAGGAACAUGUCAGCUCAGAGAGAGAGAAGAAUAAGAAGGUUUGUUAGUUACAGCUUUCUGUUGGUAGAGUGUUUUAUACAAUGUUCAUUGGUAAUGAUAUAGCUAGCAAAUUCCCUGGUUUGGCAAACGAAACACUUAAAGUACCUGUGCAGUCAAACACGUGAUUUUCCUGUGUUUUAUAUAUAUUUCCACACUAUGAGAUUGGAAUACUACUGUGAAAUUGUGAAAAUGAUGAUUAAGCCCUUUUAGUGUAACAGCUGUUUGAAAAGGCUGAAAUUUCAGCCUGUUGUGGUGGGAUGGAGUUUUGGCCUGCCUGGUGACAUCACCAGGCGGGAAAUUAGUUAAUAGACCAAUAAGAGAGUUCCAAACCUUUAUGCCAAUAAUAGACAGUUUUCAGUUUUCCCCUCCCCACUCAGACCACUCUUGCUUGAGAAAUUGCUCUUUGCUAAUAAGCUAUUUGUGUUUCUUUUUGAGCAUUUUAAUUGAAAACAAUCCGGUACUUAACAGUAAGGUACUUAAUUGCUACCCAGAAAUGAUUUCAUAUUGAGAUAAAAACCGCUGCAUUGUUAAAGAGGUAUCCCUCUAUUUUGCGAUUUAUUUAUUUAUUGUAUUUUCCCCCCUUUUUCCCCCCCAAUUUCGACUUUGUCUCAUCGCUGCAACUCCCCAACGGGUUCUGGAGGCGAAGGUCUAGUCAUGCGUCCUCCGAAUCAUGACCCGCCAAACCGCGCUUCUUAACACCCCCCCCCCCCCCCCCCCCCCGGCCAAACCAUCCCCUAACCCGGACGAAGCUGGGCCAAUUGUGCGCCGCCCUAUGGGACUCCCGAUCACGGCCUGUUGUGAUACAGCCCAGGACUGCGAUGCAGUGCCUUAGACCGCUGCACCACUCGGGAGGCCCUCUAUUUUGCUUUCUUAUGACAUUUUGUUUAGUCUUUGGUCAUGAUAGAAAAGCUGUUUUGUCUAAGCACUUUUAUUGAUCCCUAUGUUUGUGUCUCAGAUUGAUGACCUGUCGAGAGAGGUGGGGAAGUUAAAGGAUGCCUUAAACAGCCUAUCCCAGCUGUCCUACAGCGCAGGCUCAGCCAAGAGACAGCAGACCCUGCAGCAGCAGCAGCUGGACAACCUACUGCAGCAAGUCAAGCAGCUGCAGUACCAGCUAGGGGUAAGUCGCGUUCAAACUAUAUGGCUUAUUCAACCUACAAUCAGUGUACUGUAUUCAACCUCACUCAGAUAGCAUCAGAGACAGAAGACAGGAUACACCGUUUCACACGAAUUCCUAAGACUAAAUACUUUCCUGGAACAUUUGUCAGACAGUUGGAAGCUAACAGUUGGGUGAGUUACUGUGAAUGAUGUGCUGAAAUAUCUGUACUGUCAUGAUUAGCCAAUAACUUUAGUUUUUUAGAGCCAAGACAUCUAAUGUCCUGAUCCAGGGCAGCCUCCUCUGGUCCAAGACAUAAUGAGACACAGGCGUGUUUGGGCUGGGCGGCCAAACUGGAUCAUACUCCCACUGGGCAGAAAUUGGUUGAAUCAACAUUGUUUCCAUGUCAUUUCAACAAAAACAUUAUAUGCCAUGACAUUUAAUCAACAUGGAAAACUGUUUGGAUUUGCCAAAAGUCAUCAACGUAAGGGAAUUUCAUCUUUUCACCUAAAUCCAAUUACAUGGUGACAUGUUUUGUUGAUUUCACAUUCAAUUCAUGUUAGUUGACAACUCAACCAAAUGUACAUCUAAAAUAGACGUUGAACUGACGUCUGUGCCCAGCGGGCUGUAUCUCCCCAUCUGCACCUGUUUCUCACAGGCUGCAGCACACACAGCUUCUUAGUUAUUGAGCACCCAGUUUCUUUGGAAGUACUCAGAUAGCUAUGACUAAGGACAAUUACAUGUAGAUGCUGAUCUAGCAAGGGGUUUUCCUGUAUAUGCAAUCUUAGUAUUUUUGGUUAUUUUUCAUAAUUCUGAGCAAUUUCACCAUGGUUUUAUAGCUGAUGAAGGAUAUUUGACUAGCUAAUUGGGCGGCAGGUAGCCUAGCGGUUAGGAGCGUUGGGCCAGUAACCGAAAGGUUGCUCGUUCGAAUCCCCGAGCCGACUAGGUGAAAAAUCUGCCGAUGUGCCCUUGAGCAAUGCACUUAACCCUAAUUGCUCCUGUAAGUCGCUCUGGAUAAGAGCGUCUGCUAAAUGACUAAAAUGUAAAAAUAACACACUAACCUGUUUCUGCAUCUCUGUACUAUAGGAGUCAAAGAGGCAGCACCAUGAGAUAGUGUCCAUCUACAGGAUGCACCUCCUAUACGCCGUCCAGGUAUGUUCUGAUGCAUACUGUGUACUCUGGAUAGCAUUUCAUAAUAAACCUGCAGGUGUGGUUUUAAUGUUAUGACAUCAUGGCUUUAUUCCUCACAGGGUCAGAUGGAUGAGGAUGUUCAGAAAGCCUUGAAGCAGAUUCUGAUGAUGUGCAAGUUGCCAACAGAAGCCAAAUUAAGUGUCUGAGAUGGAACAGUCUAUCUGUCUACUGACAAUGCUGGAGAGGAGACACAACCUAUCUGAUCUAUCACACUACAGUGCACGUGUGCCCAUCAAAGCAAAGAUAAUGAUAAAAAAAAUGACAUUCUUAUGUCUACAAAUGAUGUCAGAGGGUAGCUAUGAAGACUUGUUGUCAAUAGAUUUGACUGGCAUCCUAUCUAUGAACUAGCAGUAUUCGUUUUGUAAUGUUGUCAAUGUUGAAUUGUAGCACCGGUUUUCUAGUCUGGCUAACACCUAACUCGAAGUCCUCCUGACUUCACAGUCUGAAAAGGCUAUUUUGAUGUUGUCGGCACGACCACCCACAGCCCCCGAGCGCCGUCCCUUCCAAUACAACUGUUGGAUUUUCAAAUCCAAACAACAUGAGGUCUCAACCCCCCAGGAAAGAAAAAAUGUUUGAGAGAACCAAUCAAAGCUCAGCCCAUUUCUGCGCAAAUACUGCAUUUACAACC